CAGCCGGCUGUUUGUUAUCUCUGAACUUUGGCACGUUGAAUGGAGUAGAUCGGAGCAGAAAAGGACAGAGCUAAGAACAAAGGAACUAUAGGAUAGAAUUGUUUUUAAUUUGCUCAAGUGAGGGUUGAUCACAGUGUUUUUUGGGCUAUUUAGACCAACUACAUUCAGGGAAUAAUUAUUAUUUUCAAAGACUGAUGGCUGCGAUGUUUGGCAGCGUGUGUGUCUCUGUGACCCUCCUCAUGUGUGCUCUUGGAAGCCAAGCACUGGAUCUACUGAGAGCAACUGCAACAUCAGGGAAUCCUCUGUCCACUCCUUCAGUGCACUGCAGAUGUACAAGCUAUCCAAACGUGACCCUUUGCUCCUGGCCUGAACCUUCCCACUCCCCACCGACACACUACAUUGCCACCUACAGUGAGAGACUCGGUCAGCCAGUGACCAAGCACUGCCAUCUCAUCCCACCCAGCUCUUCAUCCUCUGCUCUAAACUCAACAUCAUCAUCCCCCAAAUCUGAACAGCUCUGGCACUGCCAACUGCCCAACCUGAAGCUUCUUACCGACUACAUCGUCAAUGUCACAGCAGUUUAUUCUGGUGGAACCAGCUCCCAUCUAUCAAGUUUUAUGUUGGAGGAUAUUGUGAAACCAGAUCCUCCUGUAAACGUACGGGUUUCCCCUCAUAACAUCAGAAACUGGAUGGUGGAAUGGUCUCCUCCCGACACCUGGACCAACCUGGAAAUCUUCCCCCUAAAAUACCAGAUCAUGUACCAGUGGGAAAUUAGGGGCACAACAAAAUCUGUUCGUCUGGGUCCGUUUGAGAACACCAAGGCUGAACUGAAGGGGCUGACCCCUGGGAGGGUAUACCUGUUCCAGGUCUGUGCCGAGGAGCUGCUGGGUCUGGGCAAGUGCAGCCACUGGAGCUCGCCUGUGAAUAUCACCAUACCAAGGACAAAGCCGUAGACACUUGCUCCCACGUCCUAUUUUAUUUACCUCUCUCCUUUUAAGCUACCAGCAAUGUCAAACUAAAGAACUGCAGACAGGCUGCAUUGUUAUUAUUUCAACUGCACAUACAUUGCAAACAAGACUUGCUGAUAUUUUGUUUUAUUUAUAAGGAAAUGCACUUUCAGUGAAAACUGAAUAGUCUUAGUGUUUGUUGUAAUACUGUUGGUACGUUGUCUUUGAGGAAAGUGAUAUUUAAUUAACAUGGUGUGAAAAACUGAAUAAAAAUAAGGCAUUUGAAAUAAAUCCACGGAGUGGUCAGUCAACAACAUCCACCACAAGUGGGGUGACGAACUCAGAGUGUCUGACACCCAGAGUGAAGGACGGGGGUCUGGGAAGAUGAACAUGAAAUUUCUCUGGGCUGUAUGUGCCCGGGCCAGGAAUAGCAGAAGAAUAAUUGGGCCUCUUAGUCCGGCUCUGAAUGGAGAAGGAGGGCUGGCGCUGGCGGUAAAUGUCUGGGUUGGUACUGUUGUAUUUUCCCGGUCCUGGGCUCAUGGACAGGUCUUCAGAGG